AUGGAUACGGUUUCGGGUCUUCCUGAGCCACCCAGAUCAGAGCCUAUCUUUCCUCCCACUCAGGAGAUCCCAUCCUCCCCGCCCUCUGUCGCAUCUGAAGCCGGCGGUGGGCGACGACAGCGAAAACCUCCCACAGUCACACCUCGGUCCUUCCGACGCUUCUUUACCCCACGAUCCUUGCUCAACAGCGGGAGCAAUGGAAGCCCUGUCAGAACAAAUCGCCAGGCCCUGCGGACGCUAAAUUCGCCAGCAGUCAACCGCCUCGGACCCGCCUUCACUAGAUCCUCCAAGCCUGGAAGUGCCAGGAACCCGAACAAUGGCUUGGCCGAGGAUCUUAUGCGCACUCCGUCUAGAAAACGGAAGCACUCGUUCUCCUCGGCAGCUUCUCCGAUUCAGUCUUCGCCAUUGAAGAAAGUCCGUAUGCGAUCUCCAGUGGGCGAUGAAGUGGAGCAGCGGACCAGCGUCCGAGAUAUCGAUGUCACGACCCGAGGUCGGUUUGUCGACAGAGUGCCAAUGAGCCCGCCAAAACGCCGACCAGUUUCUCCAAUUAGCAAAUCCCGGUCCCUUCAAACGUCAGGAUCAUUUUUUAUGCGCACUGUACACGGUUCUCGCGCAAACCGGCUCACCGUGCGAUCAACAGCUGGAGCUGGCUGGCAAGACGUUACAUCCGAUUUCUACACGCAGGCUGAAGACCGCCACUCAUCGGUCAGUCAAGCCUCCCCGGGGUCGCUGUCGCUUCCAUUUUGCAGCGCUUCUUGUAAUACCAAUUCUUUAGUGGCUAUUGGCGAUGAAGAAGGUGGAAUCAGACUGCUGGAUUCUUCCAAAGAGGACGAACGAGGCUUCUCGAGCGCGUAUCUCGGCUGGCGUGCACACAUGAACUCGAUUAUGGACCUCGAAUUCUCAUCCGACGAUACAUUCCUAGCUACGGCUUCUGGGGACCAAACUUCGCUGGUCAUUGAUAUGUCUACCCGACAACCAGUCUAUUGCCUCUCGAACCAUGUCUCUUCUGUGAAGCGAAUUCAAUUUCAGCCCGGCUCUAAUAACAAAGUUCUUGCGACCUGCAGCCGGGACGGAAACGUCAACAUCUGGGACGUGCGCUGCAAAGGAUUUGAGCGCCCUGCCCUGCAAGUUCGAUGCUCGCUGGAAUCCGAAGCCGAUAAUUCGAUCACGACACCUCCAAAGACGACACAUCCCCAGGUUCUCAAUACGAUUCAUGGUGCUCAUUCAUAUACCACACCACAAAAGUCAGCUGCGGACAAAAAUGAUCCUCCUCCUCCUUUUGGGCGCCACGACAUUACUGUCACCUCCCUGGCUUUUCUUCCUAUCGGCCAGGAAAACCUCUUUGUGACCACAUCCGAGGCGAGUGCUAGUGUUCGACUGUGGGAUCUGCGAACGGCACACAAUAACCGGCGCGGCCGACCUGUUCUUCCAUUGUCCUCUACCAAAGAGCCCGACAGCCAUGUUAAAUACCGCAAGUUUGGCUUGACUUCGAUGGCUUUCAGCGGUGAUAGUUCACGGCUGUACACUCUUUGCCGGGAUGGCACUGUCUAUGCAUACUCAACCUCGCAUCUAAUGCUUGGACACGCCCCGGAGCUUUCUCUAAACAACACUCGCCCCCGACGUAUUGGAGGAUCUGAUAAAGAGGGCCUGGGUCCUUUGUAUGGAUUCCGUCACCCGCGUCUUCAGGUUUCCUCCUUCUACGUAAAACUCGCCCUUCGCAAAGCGUCUGGUGACCGCCCAGAGAUGCUGGCGACUGGCAGCAGUGACCAUUGUGCCCUCUUAUUCCCAACCGACGAACGAUUCCUGCAGUCUCCUGUGAAAACACUGGACGAUGACCUGCCUACUCGUACGUCACUGUUUACGACUCGGUCCGGCCUUCGCCGUACCAACUCUGGCGUUGGCCUGUCUGGACGUCUCGAGGACACAAUCCCAAUUUACCAGUCCGGUACCCCGCUUGUCCAAGCGCACAAGAGAGAAGUUACAGCGGUAUCCUGGACUGUUGACGGUGAACUGAUUACUGUGAGCGAUGAUUACAGCGCCCGGUGCUGGCGCGAGGGCCCUCAGGCCCGUGAACUCCGGUCUCGUGGUCACAUUGAAGGUCCUCGUCUGCGCCACGAGGCCGGUUGGGCGGCUACGAAAGAUUCAUACGAUGACGAAGAGGAAUGA